AUGGAAGAAGUUUGUCUGAAUAGUCAGCCACUUUUUGAUGAAAGUGAUGAGGUUGAUAUUGAGGUUGAGGGGAACUCUUCUGUAGCAGAUCAUGAUCUUGAAUCUUUUAACUCACAACCAAAAUACGCUUCACCUCCAACUGUGGGUCUGGAAUUUGAUUCCUUUGAUGAAGUUUACAACUUCUACAACAUUUAUGCAAAGGAACAAGGCUUUGGUAUCAGAGUGAGCAAUUCAUGGUUCAGAUCAAAGAAAAAAGAGCGCUAUAGAGCAAAACUUAGCUGCAGUAGUGCUGGCUUUAAGAAAAGAAGUGAGGCCAAUAAUCCAAGACCAGAAACAAGAACUGGUUGUCCUGCAAUGAUAGUGAUUAGAAUGGUUGAGUCGAAGAGAUGGAGAAUAGUGCAAGUUGAGCUUCAACACAAUCAUCAAGUGAGUCCACAGAGCAAACGGUUUUACAAGUCACACAAGAAAAUGAUCCUUGAAGCCAGAAAAUCACAACCACCACCAGAGCCUAUAACGGAAGUGCACACCAUCAAGUUGUAUCGAACAACUGUCAUGGAUGUUGGUUACAAUGGUAACUCAAAUUAUGAAGAAAGUCAUGACCCCAAUUUUGAUAAUUUUAAAUAUUUAGAACUUAGAGAGGGGGAUUCCAACGCUAUAUAUAAUUACUUUUGUCGAAUUAAGUUGACCAAUCCAAAUUUCUUUUACUUGUUUGAUAUUGAUGAUGAUGGGCACCUAAAAAAUGUUUUCUGGGCUGAUUCCAGGUCAAGGGCUGCUUAUAAUUACUUUAAUGACACAGUUACGAUAGACACAACUUGUUUGGCAAACAAAUUUGAGAUCCCUUUGGUAUCAUUUAUUGGCAUAAACCAUCAUGGACAUUCUGUACUAUUGGGCUGUGGCUUCCUUGGACAUGAAUCAGUCGAUUAUUUUGUCUGGAUAUUCAAGUCAUGGCUUAAGUGUAUGCUUGGUCGUCCUCCACAUGUUGUUAUUACUGACCAGUGCAAGCCAUUGCAAAAUGCAGUUGCUCAGGUUUUCCCUUGUGCUCGUCAUUGUUAUUCUUUGCAUUAUAUCAUGCAAAGAGUUCCAGAAAAGUUGGGAGGGUUGCAAGGAUAUGAGGCAAUCAGAAGGCAGCUGUAUAAUGCUGUCUAUGAGUCGUUAAAGAUAGUUGAGUUUGAAACUUCCUGGGCUGAUAUGAUUAAAUGUCAUGGACUUGGAGAUAACAAGUGGCUUCAGGUGUUGUAUGAAGAUAGGCAUCUGUGGGUUCCUGUUUACCUAAAAGAUACCUUUUUUAUAGGACUCAUCCCAACUAAAGAAAAUGAGGGGCUGACUGCAUUUUUUGAUGGAUUUGUGCAUAAGCAUACAUCCUUUAAGGAAUUUCUUGACAAGUAUGAUCUAGCUCUGCACAGGAAGCACUUGAAAGAAGCCAUGGCAGAUUUGGAGUCUAGAAAAGUAAACUUUGAGUUGAAAACGAGAUGUAAUUUUGAGGUCCAGCUUUCAAAGGUGUAUACAAAAGAAAUCUUUACAAUGUUUCAAUCUGAGGUUGAGGGCAUGUACUCUUGCUUUAACACAAGACAGGUAAAUGUUAAUGGAUCUAUAAUAACAUACAUUGUGAAAGAAAGAGUUGAAGUUGAGGGGAAAGAAAAGGAAGUUAAAAGUUUUGAAGUUUUAUACGAGACUACGGGAUUGGAUAUUCGUUGCAUUUGCAGUUUGUUCAAUUACAAAGGAUAUCUAUGCAGGCAUGCAUUGAAUGUUCUCAAUUAUAAUGGUGUUGAGGAAAUCCCAUCUCGGUACAUCCUGCAUCGUUGGAAGAGGGAUUUCAAGCAAAGGUUUAAUCAAUUCCAUGUCUCUGGUAAUAUUGAUUCUUACAACCCUGUGUACUGGCAUACUCAUCUGUUUAACAAUGCUCUUCCAGUGUUAGAAGUAGGGGCACAGUCACAGGAGCAUUAUAUGGUUGCUUUAAAAGAACUGGAGGAGGUGUUAGACAAGUUUGACCAUUUUGAUACUGAGGAUUUGUAA